AGGGAAGACCUGAAUCAAGACGCGUGAGUGAGCCGGUGAAGGAAUGUCUCAGUCAGUGAGAAAGGUGAAGGUCAUCUCUGUUGUUUUUGUCGAAGAAGCACAGCAGCAAUACAGGAGGAUGAUUUGGGCAGAAUUUUGUUUAAAGUGUCGCUGCAGUGAUUGUGCAGUCUAAGGAUGUAACGUAUAAGGAAAGCAAGUUGUUUACUAUUGAGCAGAGCAUGCUAAAGAGCACAUGUCCCGCCGCUCUCGGUCCCUUCUCUCGCUGUCGCUGACCUCUCUGGCGCUGGCUCUGUCUGUGCUGGCCUUCUGCACAUCCUACUGGUGCGAGGGGACGCACAAGGUGGUCAAGCCUCUCUGCCUGUCGCCGGUCAAGAUGAAGAACUGCGGGCAGAACAACAGUGAACCCUACACUACGGAGUCUCCCACGCCUGACCCUAGAGGCCCAUCCAAUCGGACGUUGUCACCAAAGCGGAGGGAGGAGCUGGCCAAAAUACGCCAGAGGCAAUUAGCCAAUGCCGUCCACUACAUCUGGGAGACCGGGGAGGACAAGUACAUGUUUCGCUACUUCCACACAGGAUUCUGGGAGUCCUGUGAAAAACAUGCAGAUGGUGAGAGGUGCCGCAGUUUCUUCGGACUAACACCAGGAGAAACCCAUGGAGUUCUGUGGUUGUCCCUGAUAUCGGAGUUCAUGUACAUCACUCUGCUGGGUAUGGGUUUCCUGCUGAUGUGGCUGGAGGUGCUGUGUUCGCAUAAGGAGAUGCACGCACUCAAAAUCAACGCCUUUGCUGCUGUCUGUACCGUGCUGUCUGGCCUGAUGGGGAUGAUGGCUCAUAUGAUGUACACCACCGUGUUCCAGAUGACUGUGAUUGUGGGGCCUAAAGACUGGAGGCCUCAGGAAUGGGAUUAUGGCUGGUCAUUUGCGCUGGCCUGGGUGUCCUUCAGCUGCUGCAUGGGCGCCGCCGUCUUCACGCUCAACUCCUACACCAAGACCAUCAUCGAGCUGAAGCACCGGCAGAGGCUGCGUCUGGAGGAGGCGCGCGCCGCCAGCCACGCGCCCUCCUACGACGAGGUGGUGCCCGGGGGCGCCCUCUACUCCGUCAGCAGCCUGCUGCAGUGCCCCGACGGCAUCAUGGACACCAUGUGGUCGCCCGACGGCACCAUGGGAGUGGUGGGGGAGGAGGACGGGGAGGUGCCCACCCUGGUCCUGGUGGGCGGCUGUGGCCCGGACGGAUGUGAGGACUGCGAGAGAGAAAUGGAUGAGAUGGAGGAGGCCAUGGAGAGAGAGCGAACAGACUCACCUUGUUAGGAAAACAAGAGAAAGUGUUUUUUGGAACAUUGUAAGGGGCUGAUGAUUUGGCCAGGUGCUUGGUGCUUGGAACAGAUGCUCACCUGAAAUAUCAAUUGACUCGGGUGGCUGUGGAGUCCAAGAUAUCGUGGACUGUUCACUGUUGGACAUGUUGUGACAUGACUGACUGCUGGAAAGGACAUGUGUAAUGUAAUAGGCUAGCCUAAUAUAAGAAAAAGAAAUCUCAGCAAAGGUUGACAUAAGAUGUUAUGCAUUGUUUGUAAAAUUAAGGAGUUUGUGUUUACUUCCA